CCUCACUCCCUCACCGCCCCGGCCAGCAGCAUGCCCGCCCGCCGCCUCGGUCUGCUCGUCGCCGCCCUCCUCCUUGGCCUGCUGCUGGGCCUCCCCCCGGUCACAGGCGCAGGCGCAGGCGCAGGCGCGGAGAAAACAGGCGUGUGCCCCGCGCUAGAGGCGGACGUGAACUGUACGAAGGAGUGCCUGUCGGAUGCGGAAUGCGCCGACAACCUCAAGUGCUGCCCGGCCGGCUGCGCUGCCGUCUGCCAGAUGCCCAAUGAAAAGAAGGGUUCCUGCCCUCAGAUCGACCUUGCCUUCCCCCAGCUGGGCUUCUGCGUGAACAAGUGCCAGGAGGACAGCCAGUGUCCCGGCAAUAUGAAAUGCUGCCUCAAUGGUUGUGGGAAGAUGUCCUGUGUCACACCUGUCUUCUGAGCUUCAGCUGCCACAGCCCACAGCGUGAGGAGCAGGGGAAUGGAAGUUUCUGCCUGACCCUGUCUGACUCCAGCCCAGCUGCCCUCCUCUUUCUGGCCUCUGCACUCCCUCCUGAGCUGACCACAGCUGCUUCUUUUCCCAACCAAUAAAGUGACCGCUUCCAGCA